UCCCUCUUUCCCUUCCCUCCCUCCCUCCCCUCUCGGUUGGGUUUGUGCGCUGGGGCGCCGAUCCCCUCCGCAGCCGGGACGCGCGGAACUCGAGGCAGGAGUCGGCUCUCUCGAGCCUCCUCCCUCCCUUCCCCUUCCCUGCCCCCUUCCCCCACCCCCGACUCGGACUCGGAGCGGCGGCCGGAGGAACCCCGAGCCCCCACACAGCCCCUGAGCUGGAGGGAUGGAGAACUCCUCUGCUGCGUCAGCCUCAUCCGAGGCUGGGAGCAGCCGCUCCCAGGAGAUCGAGGAGCUGGAGCGCUUCAUUGACAGCUACGUGCUCGAGUACCAGGUGCAGGGGCUGUUGACCGACAAGACGGAGGGGGACGGUGAGAGCGAGCAGACGCAGUCCCACAUCUCCCAGGAGGAAGCACUCAAUGGUGGACCACCCAUGAAAGGCUUAACUGAAGAAUGGGCAGCAGACCACGGUGAGCGGCUAGACAGCAGCUGUCCCUUCUCCCGAGGGCGAGGCCCCCCGCAGCAGAAUGGCAGCAAAGACAACUCUCUGGACAUGCUGGGCACGGAUAUCUGGGCUGCCAACACCUUUGAUUCCUUCAGUGGUGCCACCUGGGACCUGCAGCCUGAAAAGCUGGACUUCACCCAGUUCCACCGGAAGCUGAGACACACGCCCAAGCAGCCCUUGCCACAUAUCGACCGGGAAGGGUGUGGAAAAGGGAAGCUAGAAGAUGGGGAUGGCAUCAACCUGAAUGACAUCGAGAAGGUCCUCCCAGCCUGGCAGGGCUACCACCCAAUGCCCCACGAAGUGGAGAUCGCCCACACCAAGAAGCUGUUCCGGCGGCGGAGAAAUGACCGGAGACGGCAGCAGAGACCUCCAGGAGGAAACAAGCCCCAACAGCACGGUGACCACCAGCCGGGCAGUGCCAAACACAACAGGGACCACCAGAAAUCCUACCCGGGGGGCUCAGUGCCCCACCCCUCAGGGAGGCCCACCCAUCACGGCUACAGCCAGAACCGGCGCUGGCACAACAACAUGAAGCACCCCCCAGGCGACAAGGGGGAGGCAGGCACCCACCGCAAUGCCAAAGAGACCGUGACCAUGGAGAGCGCCAAACUUGAGGACGCCCUGGGGGACACGGGGCACAGCGGCCUCGAGCCCCCCCGCAGCCCUGAUGCCCCAGCCCCCUUGGCUUCUGAGAGGCUGCCCCCACAGCAGCCGGGGGGUCCGGAGGCUGAGACAAAGCGUAAAGACAGUAUUAUUCCCGAGCGCAUCGGGGAGCGGCCCAAAAUUACCCUGCUCCAGUCUUCCAAAGACAGGCUGCGGCGAAGGCUGAAAGAAAAGGUACCGGACGAAGUGGCCGUGGAGACCACCAACCCUCAGCAGAACAAGAUGGACAAGUUGAUCGAGAUCCUGAACAGCAUGCGGAACAACAGCAGCGACGUGGAUGCCAAGCUCACCACCUUCAUGGAGGAGGCCCAGAACUCGACCAACUCCGAGGAGAUGCUGGGAGAGAUCGUCCGGACCAUCUACCAGAAGGCCGUGUCUGACCGCAGCUUCGCCUUCACGGCCGCCAAGCUCUGCGACAAGAUGGCACUCUUCAUGGUGGAGGGGACCAAGUUCCGGAGCCUGCUUCUCAACAUGCUUCAGAAGGACUUCACCGUGCGGGAAGAGCUUCAGCAGCAGGAUGUGGAACGCUGGCUUGGCUUCAUCACCUUCCUGUGUGAGGUGUUCGGGACCAUGCGCAGCAGCACGGGCGAGCCCUUCCGCGUGCUUGUCUGCCCCAUCUACACCUGCCUCAGGGAGCUCUUGCAAUCUCAGGAUGUGAAAGAAGAUGCCGUCCUGUGCUGCUCGAUGGAGCUGCAGAGCACAGGCCGGCUGCUGGAGGAGCAGCUGCCCGAGAUGAUGACCGAGCUCCUGGCCAGCGCGCGCGACAAGAUGCUCUGCCCCUCAGAGUCGAUGCUGACCCGGUCGCUGCUUCUGGAGGUCAUCGAGCUCCAUGCCAACAGCUGGAACCCUCUGACGCCCCCCAUCACGCAGUACUACAACAGAACCAUCCAGAAACUGACAGCCUGACGGCCAGGGGGCCUGGCGGGCGGCCCGCGGGCAGCUGGGGCCCUGGUAGCCAGGGCCAGAUGGACAGGCGGGAGGACAGGGGUGGCCCUGGCGGGAGAAAGAGAUGGGGAGGAAAGCAGGCAGAGCCGGGGGCCAGGCUGGAGCCAGACGGGGAAGGAGGAGCGCCCCUCAUCCGAGCCCCCCCAGCCCCACGCAUGCGGCAGCUCACACCAAUAAGGGAAGCAUGUUUCUUUCUCAUGGUGGCCCCCCCCACCGCCCCCCCCCCCGUCGUCUCCUCCCCACUCCCGCUCCUCCCCGCUCCCUCCCAUCAACCGCGUCCCCCACAGGGCUUUGUGCGAGGGGUUUCAUCGGGCGUAACUCCUCCAAGGCCCUGGCAGCUCAGCACGCCGGGGUACCGCUUGGGUCAGAAAGGACCUCAGAAGGCUGAAAAAGUGGGUCGGAGACGGGCUUGCAUUGUUCCUGCUGUCAGCCGCGGUCGCCAACUGGCAGCAGGCGACGUAGAGCAGAUGUCCGGGAGGACAAAAGCAGGCACGGUCCCCACCAGCCGCCUGUAAUUGACGGCCUUUGUCCGCCACGCUCGGCCUGGGGGACGGAGGCUUCUCCUCGAACCUGCACGCUGCACCCUCCCCACUCCCCGUUCCUCCUCCAUGUGGCCCCCCCCAGCCUCAGGCCCAGGGGCGGGGCGCAGGGAGGGGAGCUGGGGUGUGCGGCUCUGCUCGUGCUCUUGUGUUUUAUUGUUUUAUUUUCAAAAGUCAGCUGCUUUGAAGUCUCCUCUCUCCAUGAAAAGAGUCCGAGCUGUGAUCACACAGUCAGCACCACGAGGACCCCCUGAUUAGUGGAAGAUCAAACCCGGCCCCCUCUGGAAGGAUUCUAGCCACAGAUAGCUUGCCAGUGGCCAAUUAGGGUAAUUGGAAACUUCUGCCCCGGCGGGGGGUCCCCCUGGAACCCUGUGCUUCGCAGCCCUUGGCUUCCAGGACCUCUGUUCUCUUCUUCCUGCUCUGCUCUGUCAAAGGGCUGAUGCUGCGGCAGGCGCCAGGAGUGUGUUAAACCCCAUCCUGGCUGGGGCUGGGGGCUGGGGGGAGGCUUGUGGUGAAUGGGGCACAGUCAGGACGGGCAAAUUAAAACCAAAACGCUAGGUGAUGUUGCCUGCGCCACACACAGGUCUCGUCCCCCGCUUAGUAGGGGGAAAGUGGCCGUUGGGGGCUGCCUGGCUCCCCAGGACUUGGAGCUUAGCUAAAUGGGCUGUGUCGAUGGCCCAGCCUCAUCACAGGCAGGAUCCAGAAGCCGAGGCCCCCCACAGCCAAGGUCUGUAUGCUCCAGGAAGGCUCUGGGCACUGCAGCCCCGGGGCUGGGGGCGGAGGGGGGGGGGGCGGUGCAUUCACUGAGUCAUGAGUAGAGCAGUGAAAUGAGCCGGCGGGGCCACCAGACGCAUCUUUCCAGGCCAGGAACGAGCGAGACUGGGGUUCCUUGGAAGGGCCAGGUCCUGGGGAGAGCCCCUUCUCUGUUGGAGGAGAAUGCAAGUCAGGCUCUAGGAAGCUGGCUUUGGGGUUGUCCCGGGCAUUUGCCCGGCCCCAGCUCUGGGGCCUGGAGCCUGUACUUUGAUAAGCCCCCGUAAAACCACCUCAGAGCCCAGCAGCUUCUGGGCUCCCUGGGUCACUGGAGGGCUUUGGCUGCCUCGUCCACUCAGGCUGGCCAGGGGUUGAGGGCUGGAGGUUUUCCUCUGUGGACUCUGCUUCUGGGAGAGCAGGUAGGGUGGGGCGAGGGGAGCGGGUCCCCCAGUACUCCCUGGCUUUCCCCACCGGCUGCCACCCACCUUCCAGCCCCGGGAUGGGAGCCUAUGCCGGUCCCAAGGCAGAGCGUACUGGGGACAUGUGUGGGGGACACAGGUUUACCUGAAAUGGGUCUGUAGCCUCGGCCCCUGGCCUUCACCUCCUCGACUCUCCUUGAGCUUCUCCUCACUGCCUUUCCUCCUCAGCAAGCACCUUCAGCCCAGCGUGGGGCCCAGGGACACCAGGGACCCCACGGGAGGCCCUGAGGGAAGAGCUGGACCGAGGUGGGAGGGCUCAGAGAGGGCCCCGGGGACCUCGUGGCCUGGAGGAGUCAGGCUGCCUCCGCCAGGCACAGAGCCGCCCCCAGGCAGCCCUCAGAGAACUGCGUCGGGGCUGAAAUGGGCCUAGCUCCCCUUGAGCGUGAGUGCGAGGUGUGCGUGCGUGUGUGUGCAUGUGUGUGUGUGUGCGCGCGCACGUGCGCGCGGCGUGUGAGCGCAUCUGCUGAGAACAAAGCAGGGCCCCAGAGGAACGGAAUGACCCAGGGGAACAGGGCCUCCUGCCCGUUCCAUGGAGCAGAGAGCGAGCACGCAGGCGCUGAUGUUCCCUGCAAAGCCGAGAUCAGUGGCACGGUGGGCGCCAUGAGCCUCAUGCCCCUUCCUCCUAACGCCCCUUCCUCCUAACGGCCUCCUUGGUGGUCUUGCCUCAGGGCCACCCCUCCUUGACUGUUAGGACCAGAGUAUGAUGAAGUAAGAUAUAAAUAUGUAUACAUAUAUAAAUAUAUUUUUAAUUACGUGUCGUGUCACGGUGGCUCCAGACAUAUGGUUUGCCUAGUUUAUCCCAUUGCUUGAAAGUGCUUCCUGGCCAAUCCAAAUAACAAUGUAAACUGUUUUUCUAAAUGCAGGUUGCUGCUACUCUUUGGGACAUGGAAGGAAAACAUUUAAAAAAAAAAAUUUUUUUUAAGGAAAUAACAGUAAAAAAACAGUAAAGCAUUAAAAUCUGUGACUCUGAGGCCGCCUCCCAAGGGAGACAGGAACCAGAGAGCAGAAGUGGGCGCCCCUCAGACCCCUAGUCCCUCCCCAGGCCAGACCCCCCCUCUGCUGAGUGAGAAAGGCCAUAUCCAAGUUGACCUCUGAAUGUAUUUGAUGGGAGGCAAAACUGGAUAUUGCAUUUCUAAGGCUUGUGUUGUUUUCCCUACUCACCCCGCGGCUUUCUUGGCGCAGUGAAGAGGCGAAGUCCGGCCAUCUGAUGUUGAUCCUCAGUCUGUCCCCCUCCCAGUCAAGACCAGAUAGUCCUUGCUUUCCUCUCAGGCGGCCAGCCCGCUCACCACAGCCCUGCUCCCCUCGGCCUCGUGGGUUUGCCUGAGCGCUGGGACCGCAGCCCCAAGAAGCCUCCUAACCUCCCCCGGGGAAGGUGGGAACCCCACCAUCCUCCGUGGGGAACGUGCACCCCAAGCCCAGUUUCAUCUGUUCGUCCUUCCUCGAUCAGUCUGUAAACCUUCGAGGUUUAGGGCUCGCCCUGUCCAUCCGUGUAAAUGUAAAUGUUGGCCGAGUCAGUAUUUAUUCUAAUUUUUAUUUUAUUUUAUUUUCUCUGAGGGAUGGGGGUGGGGUGUGGGAAAUUUACCACUGAUCACGCCCUGGGCAGCUGCAGGGGCGGGGACCCCGCCAGCCAGGCCGCCGCGAGGAGCAGCCCCAUGGGGCCGCCCCAGACGCCACAUUCCAGUCUCUGGCAUCAGGACCCGGCCAGUGUUCCGCGUGUGACAGACUCUCAGGGCCUGCCCACAGAGUCCUGUGCCUCAGCUGCUGGCGCCUCGUGGGGCCCUCUGCCCGGGCCUCUGAGGAUGCAGAUCGCAGAGGAGACCGCUCCUCUGGUUGGGACACUGGCGUACAAGGGCUGCCCACCUCGCCUGAGCCAGCUGGGAGCCUGGCGACGGGACCUACCUCCCUGGAGAAGGGGCCUGGGCCUUCCCGCCACAGCCGCAGCAGACUCCUCCUCACGCGACCACGUUCCCUCCCUCAGUAUGUCCUGCUUUCCAGCUGAACCCAGACUACAAAGUGGGUUUAAAAAAUAAACACCAAAAACCAAAAA